CAGAGCACACGUGAGGGGGCGGGGCUAGGGGCGGGACUGGCGGGCGGAAGGAGCCGUGCACUGGGGUCUCUCUGUAGCUGCAAGGUCAUGGCGUCCUGGUGCUCCGAGCCUGACCCGGAGGUCUCUGGAGUCCCCACUGUUGGGGGAUGCAACGGCUCCUCCCUAUCUGGUGCCCUCUCUUGCUGCGAGGACUUGGCCCAGGGCUCUCGCCCGCCCAAGGCUCCUCUGGUGACUGUGGGUCCUAGCCCCUUCCUCCCGCGGAACGUGAUCAGCGAGAGGGAGCGCAGGAAGCGGAUCUCCUUGAGCUGUGAGCGUCUGCGAGCCCUGCUGCCCCAGUUUGAUGGCCGGCGGGAGGACAUGGCCUCGGUCCUGGAGAUGUCUGUGCAGUUCCUUCGGCUCGUCAGCACCCUGGGGCCUGGCCAGGAGAGGCACGCUGUGAGUUGUAAGGAGAUGUGGCCCUCAUUGCAGGAGAAUGUUCUACAGUUGACGCUGUCGAGUCAGAUUCCAGCAGGUGUGCCAGACACUGGGGCAGGAGCAUCUGGUGGGGCUCGAACCCCAGAUUCGAAGGUGCUUCUGGAAAACCCUCGGCCCCGGGAUCUGGCAUCAGCCCGUCAUGCGGGCCCAGAGCCCCUCCCCCACAUCCUUGCAUCCUCCCAGGAUCUGGCAUCAGCUCGUCCUGUGGGCCCAGAGCCCCUCCCCCACAUCCUUGCAUCCUCCAGGCAGUGGGACCCCCCGAGCUGCCUGGCCCUGGGCACGGAUGAGCGUGAGGCACUGUCGGGGCUGUGCCAUGUGCAGGGUGGGCCGCCCUCUUUCCCAGAACCUUCCAGCCCAGUGCCAUGGCCCCCAGGCCUGAGUCUUCCUAAGGCUGAGAGGCCACCCUUGCCCUGGCCUCCGUUCUUGCAGCAGCUGACCUCGCCCGUGUCGAGCAGUGAGGCCUCUGGCUGGUUGGGCCAGGCUGGAUCCCUGGCUGUGGAGGCUGCAUCUCUGGGGGAGCCAGCUGAUGAGGCCCCCAUGCCUGUGCAGGAGGCCGGGUGUGUGCUGGGGUCUGAUGUGGAGGAUGGGACGUCCUUCCUGCUGACCGCUGCUGGUCCCAGCUCGUGGCAGGGGUCCCGGAAGGGCAGAGGAGGCAGUGGCCCUGUGUGGGCCCCAGCUGAGAGCAGCCCACUGGAUGAGGGAGAGCCAGGCUUCCUAGGGGACCCUGAGCCUGGCUCCCAGGAGCUCCAGCACAGCCCUCUGGAGCCGUGGGGCUUGGAUGUGAGCUCUGCGGGCCUGGCCCUGAAGGACGAGGUGGACAGCCUCUUCCCCAACUUCUUUGCCUGCUAGCAGCUGGGCUGUGCAGACGCGGCGGCGGGGCCGGCGGACCUGGAGCGGCGUGUGUCCCUGCUGCAUGCUGGAGCACUGUAUUUUGGGUUUGGGUUGCAGCUGCACCCUAAUUUGAGCGAGGCUUGCAGGCUGUGACGAGAGGAUACUGAAUAUUAAAGAGGGAAAGCAGCUUUCCUGGAGGAAGCAAAACCCGCGUGGCUUGUGUGUGAUUAGUCCGAUUCAUUGGGCAGAUUUCGCCACCUCCGUUCAGUGUGCAGGCAGCUGCUGGGGAUUUU